CUCCCGCGCGCCCUCUUUCUUAAACCAGCGCCACCCUCACCAACCACCUCCAACGCCAUUUUCACCUCCACCUCAACUGGGGGAGCAAGAGUUUCACCUCCAUCCCUCCCUCUCCUACCUUCCAUCCCGAUCUUCUUCUUCUUUCUUCCCCAGCCGGCACAUUCCACCACCCCCACUAAAUCUUGGUGCUGAUCCAGUACCCACAUUAAUUCCCCAUCUUCAAUUACUUCUUGCUCCACCUACAUUGAUUCAGCUCCGUCCCACAUUCGGCGUCGAGCUCAAUUCCUUCGCCUUUGAGCUCCGACUGCUCCCGUUCGUCCUGAUCCGGGGACGUCCAGUUCGUGGGUCUUCGAUCUGCGGAGGGUCUCCAUUUGAUUCGUGGUUCUUGAUCUGAAAGCUUUGAGCUUUGGGGAUUUGGUGUGUCGGGCUUCAUGGGGACGGGGGCGGCGACGCCGGAGCGGCUCCCGAAGCAGCGGCGGGGCGGCUACCUGUGGAAGAAGGCGCUGCUCCACUUCUCCCUCUGCUUCGUCAUGGGCUUCUUCACCGGCUUCGCCCCCUCCUCCUCCUCCUCCUGGAGGUCCGGCGGCGGCGGCGGGGGCGACCCGGUGCCGCCGCACCGCGUCGGCGACCAGCUCGCCGCCUCCCGCGUCGCCCUCAACGGCAACCAGCGCAUCAACCUGGCGCCGCCCUCGCCGGACGGCGCCGGCGGGGGCGGCGCCACGGUGGACGUGGACGACGACGGCAACGACGAGACCGGCCCGCGCCGGAUGCUGAUUGUGGUCACCACCACGCGGUCCGGGGCGGGGGAGCGCAGGCGGCGGCGGCCGGAGCUGCUGCGGCUCGCCCACACGCUCAGGCUCGUGCGCCCGCCGGUCGUCUGGGUCGUGGUGGAGCCGGCAGCGGACGCGCCGGCGACCGCCGAGGUGCUAAGGGGCACCGGGGUCAUGUACAGACACCUCGCCUUCCGCCCGGAGGAGAACUUCACCACGGCCGCCGCCGAGGCCCACGCGCAGCGCAACGCCGCGCUCGCCCACGUCGAGAAGCAUAGGCUCUCCGGCGUCGUCCACUUCGCCGACGCCGCCGGCGUCUACGACGCCCGAUUCUUCGACGAGAUCCGACAGAUCGAGGCGUUUGGCACAUGGCCGGUGGCAACGAUGUCCGCCGGAGAGAAGAAAGUAGUGGUGGAAGGCCCACUGUGCACUGCCUCAAAGGUAGUCGGUUGGUUCUCGAGAAACUUCAAUGAUGGUACCACCCGAUCAGUGACAUAUAACGCGGAGGUUGACUUGAAUCCUGCCGGUGCUGCUGGCACGCGAGCCCACACGAUCGACGUAUCAGGGUUUGCGUUUAACAGCUCUAUUUUGUGGGACCCUGAGCGGUGGGGACGACCAACGUCAUUACCGGACACUUCACAGGAUUCCAUCAAAUUUGUGCAAGAGGUGGUGCUGGAGGACAGGACCAAGCUGAAGGGGAUCCCCUCCGACUGCUCACAGAUCAUGGUGUGGCAGUACACCAUGCCGAGCCCCGCUUCUCACAAAACCUCUGCCCCAAAAACUCACCAUAGAAGGUAGGGAUGGGGAGAAGAAGAGGAAGUCCUCAGCAGAAAUGAGGAGAGAACAAUGUUGGGACUUGGGAGUCAAUGUAAAUGUGGCGAAAAUGAAAGGAAAAGGAAGAAGGUUGCUUACACUGAGUUCUUUUUUUUCUCUUUCUCUCAGUUUUGUUCUGGUUUUUGGGGGUCAUGAAUUAUCCUCUGGAGAUCUCCCCCCAGGCAAUAGUAUUAUUUAUUCAGAUUUUACCUGCGAUUCUUUGACUCGAUGUGGGGCUUCUCUAAAAAAAUCUCUUUGUGGAGUGCAAUAAGACGCUGUUGUAGCAAGUGUGGAGAAAAUCUGGCAGAUGACAUGGUGAAUUAACAGCAUGGAUUUCCAGCAA